CACGCCUGGAAAAAAGAUGCGCCCAGCCAGACUUGUCCUGUUUCCGUUCCGAUUCCGCACUUAGCGCUGGGUAACAAGCUCCUUAUGCUUCGAUUCCUCCUCACGCAUCCUUGCCCGGGCCAUCGUGCGUCAAGGCUAUAGCACGAGGCCAGCUAGCUGACACGGGAGAAUAAAACUACUGGUGAAGCACAGCCAAUAGUAGACGUCGCGGCGCGGUACCCUAGAUUUGACUCUUGACUUAGCGCAGUCCAGGGGCUAGACUGCGCUACCUAAGGGGUUGUGAGCCCGCUAAGGACCGGUAUAUUCUCUUCCUUCGCUCCACCAACCCCGCAUUUCGUACGCGACCUCAACCCUUCGCUAUGAAUUCCACCGCUAAUGUCACUGGCGGUAAUAUCACCAGCAGCCCCGCCCUCCCCCCGCAGUCUCCACCUCUUCCGCCUUCCCCCGAUACAGUCGCACCGCCCGCGAACAUCGCAUACGAGUCGGUCAUCUCCCUGCGACAGCUCAACAUCGCAGUCGUCGCCGUGCUCAUUCUCCUCGUCAUCCUCGUUUUAAUCCUCUCCUUUAUAAAGGCGCGUGCCACGUGGCAGCACCAGAGAGCCGCCACGCAUGACCCCGACCCUCAGUCCCUCCAGCCUGUCGGGACCCGCGGUCUACUAAUGGACGGCCGGAAUCUACGCUCCGGCGUACCAGACCACAUAAUUAAGACGCUCGGAAAGUCGUUUAACUACGUCGAGCCUGGGGAUGAUCCCGAAGCCGGAAAUGGGCCCAGCGCCGCUGGCGGAAAUGGGGGAAGCGGAGAGGGGGAAGGAGGAACGGGGGGAGAUGGAGUGGGGGAAGGCGGAGCUUUGGGGGCGAGCGGGAGGAGCAGCAGCAGAAGGUCAACUGGGGCGGAAGGGGCGAGCGGAGGGAGUGAGGGGGCCGGCGCGGGGGGGAGAGCGGGGCGGGAGGAGGGGGACGACGAGCGGGAGUGCAUUGUGUGUCUGGGGGAAUACAAGACUGGUGACGUCAUCCGACAGUUGCACGCAUGCAAUCACCAGUUCCACCAGGACUGCAUUGACGCGUGGCUCAAGACCAACUCUUCCUGCCCUCUUUGCCGAACCUCCCUCAUUCCGAACCGCCUGCUGGCGUCGGGCGACAUUCCGGAGCAGCAAGGGGUGCAUGGAGGUACCGCAGCCAGUGGCCAAGACGGUAAUUUAUCCGCGCCUGUGAUUGCGACGGCUUCCGGAUCAGCAAUGCCCCUUUUGCCUCCUGAAGCUCCUAGCCGGUUGGCAUAUAUCACCAUCCCUCCUCCGCCUCCUGCGGCUGUGCAGUUGAGCCAAAUGGGUGAAGUCGUGCCGAGCACAUCAGCAUCAUAUCAAGUGCGUGUUGCGGGGUCAAUGCUACCUACGUCAUGAUUUUAGGAGGGUUUUAUGUAAGUGUGUUUAUUGUGCAUGGAGUUUGUUCGCGUGUAUUGCUAGGUGUGUUAUAUAUAUUGUGUUUUAUGAGCACAUUGCUUUGCAAUGUAUUCUCAUCAACUGCAUGUUGCGAAUGUGUAUGUGUAAGGAAUUUUCCAUUCCUUACCGAGCGGUACUGCUAGCGCGUACACUCGAAUGUUCAAAUUAUAUAUGUUAUAAUUUAAUAUAGGCUUGGUAGGUUGUUACUGAACCUUUCUGUAGGGGGUACAAACCCCUCCUUGUACUCCCCUCUCUUCCUAAUCCAACCGACGACUGCCUCAUGAGGGCCCUCCCCACCGCCGAGGGGAAUGGACAUGCCGCCGAGAGGGCGGGGGCCGCUGCACCAGCCUCUGACGUUCAAGCCGCCGCUGCCGCCGCUGUUGCCGCGGGCCGGGCGCCGCCGCACGCCGCCGCCGCCGCCGCUGUCGUCACUGUCGCUGCUGCCGCCAUAGCCAUCCCGCGGGCCGUGGGAUCUGCCCACUUCCGGAGUCGUUUCGGUUCCUGCUGGGAAUGGGGGUGCUGGGCUAGGGGGUGUGGGUGUGGGUGUGGGUGUGGGGGUGUGAGUGGGCUUGACACUACCAAGCCUAGGGGGUGUGUUCAAAUUAUAUAUGUUAUAAUUUAAUAUAGGCUUGGUAGGUUGUUACUGAACCUUUCUGUAGGGGGUACAAACCCCUCCUUGUACUCCCCUCUCUUCCUAAUCCAAGUUCUCUUCUCUCUCGACACUCUCGUCCAGCUUCUAGCUAAACC